CAUUCCGACUCGAAUUAUAAUUCGGUCGAAUACAAUUCCUAUUCAGCCAAAAAGUCCAGUAAUGAUUAGGCCGAACAUUCAACAGACAAGUCCACAAGGUCAAAUGUGCAAUCCUAUUCAGCAGGCGGGUUCAAUGUAUCCUAUUCAGCAGGCGGGUUCAAUGUAUCCUAUUCAGCAGGCGGGCUCAAUGUAUCCUAUUCAACAGACAGGUCCAAUGAUUCCCAUUCAGCCGACAAGUCGAAUGUUUUCCACUCAGCAGACAAAUCAAAUGUUUCCCACUCAGCAAACAAAUCAAACGUAUCCUAUUCAACAGAACAGCCAAAUGUUUCCCAUUCAAUCGACAAAUACAAUGUUCUCCAAUAAGCCGACGGGUUCAAUGAAUUCCAUUCAGUCGACAGGUCCGACGAUUCCUAUGCAGUCAACGAUUCCUAACCAGUCAACAAUUCCUAACAAGUCAACGAUUCCUAACCGGUCAACGAUUCCUAACCAGUCAACGAUUCCUAUGCAGUCAACGACUCCUAAUCAGUCAACGAUUCCAAUGACACCUUUAGUCACUACAGCGACACGAAGAAACAAUAUAGUGUUACCACCACCAGAACCAACGACUUCAUAUCCUGAUUAUUCAAAGCCUGCGAGAGCUCCACCAAGAAAGUGGUUUGCGCCACCUGUCUUACCAUUUCGACCUACGUUCAGUGCACCAUUGGAUGAACCCAUGCAUACUACAAAUUCGGAGAAACAAAUGAAUUCGGAUAUUAACAAUCAAUCAAAGAACCCUGAUGCAGAUAAUGUAGCCGUCAAUCCUGAUAACAAUAAUACUGUGAGUCCUGAAAAUUCAGUGAGAACAAACCAGCAAGAAGAUUUGAGUGAAAAUCCCACCAGCGAAAUGAUUAUAACAAAAGAGAAAAAUACUACAUCUGUAACUAUAGAAGAACCUCAAGAUGAACAAGCAAAAGAGCAAUCGCAAAGUUCAUCAUCGAGCGAUUCUUCCUCUUCUUCCUCGUCUGAGGAGGAAGAAAUAUCCUCAUCAUUGGCAAGAACAAAAGCUAAAAGGAAAGAAAUUUCAUCUGCAACGACAUCGACAUCAUCAUCUGAGUCAGAAACCAUUCAAAUAACAGUUAAAAAAAAUAAAAGCAAGAAGGAAGUUACUAUUUCUAAGGACGCAAUCAACAAGAAAAGAUCCCGAGAACGUCAACGAGAAAGAGAAGCGGCUAUAGCCGCAUCUUCACGGAAGAAAUUUAGAAAGGAAAGUCGUAAAAGGUCACCCAGUAGUAGUAGUAGUAGUUCUUCAGAUGAGGAUUCGAUCGCUCCUCGAAGAUCUCGUCCAAUUAAUGAUAGGAGACGCUAUCCAAAGCCUCCAACGAAACGAAUCACCCGUAAUGCUGCUCGUGAAGCAGCAAAUGCGCCUGCUAAAGAUCCUAAAGAGAAGAAAAAGUGGGUGAGACGUAGAUAAGCUUGAAAUUGUUAAUUGGUAAAAAUUAUGUAUAUAGUUAGUUUAGAAGUGAUGCGAUGCCUGAUGGUUGCACAAAUUUUAUAUGUAAAAUAAGAUUUAAAUAUUAUAUAAUUAAUUUCUAUGUUAAAACAUAAAACAUUAAUUUUUUUUUAUAAAAAAAAAUUUUUUAGUUAUAGUUAAAAAGCGAGUUUGUU